UACCGGUGAAGGCGCGCUGCUGGACCAGGUUGCGGCCGAAGACGGGGCGGGCGGCCUUGGUGAGGUUGGCCAUCUUGGGGGUGAUGCGAGCAGCAGCCAUUGUGAUGGAAGUUGAUGGAAUUGAGGCUUGGGGGGAUGAAAGAAGCCUGGUGUUGGACGAAAUGGACGUAGGGUCUGGGUAGAAGGAGAGGAGUGGAAAGCUCAGCAGGAAUUGAGAAAAAAGGCGGCCGGUGCAGAGUGGUCCGUGUGCGCCGGCCGGGCAGCAGCACGAAGGGCGAUCUGCAAACAGCGCGGCCAAAUUAUCUCACCGCCCCGAUCCGGCAUAGCCAUGGAAUUUUGUGCCCGUCCAUUCCACCCUCUGCCAGCUAUCAUAUAUCUUGCUCUCUGCCUCACCCUCUUUUCCCGCGGGCCUCUGUCUCCCUCUGCCCGUCCUGCUGCCGGUGGGGGCCGUCAUCGCUGCGUCGGUUCCUGUGUGCGAGCUCCAUCCGCGCCUUGCCGCAACCGAUCUAGCGUCCACCGUCCGGCUGGCCGCGGCAGCCCUAUGCCAGCAUCGGUUUCCAGCCUACGAGCCAGUCUUUUCAUGACGCUGGUGCACCGCGCCGUCCGCCAUCUCGCAGCUCUUGACCUUUGCAUCUUCGUUGAGAUGCCUAGGUACAAUUGCCUUGUGCGGGUCCUCGCCGACGAAUCAAACGCGAUAAACUUGCUGGAGUCUUUGCGUAAUCCGAGCCGGCGCUGCAUCGGGCUUGAGGCUGAUGAGAGACGGCUUCUCGUUCACCGACUACCCGAGGGCCAACCACGACAACUGCAUCACUCGCAGCAUCGCGGCUUUGCCCUUGCUCCUCUUCCUCUCCUCGCUCUUGUCGCGGGACGCCAAGUCGUGGCUCAGGGAGCUGCCGUGUGUUGAGACGACGUCCAUCUGUGGGCUGAAUCGGACCGUCCCAAGUCCGCUGCAUGCAAGCGACAGCCGCCAUGCCGUAAGCGGUUCAGCCGCGCACUAUCCCUGCUGCACAAGCAUUCUUCA